AUGAACAUUAGCCAAAUUAUUUCCUACUGGGGCUACCCAGAUGAAGCAUAUGAUAUUGUAACUGAAGAUGGUUAUAUCCUUGGCCUUUAUAGAAUUCCUUACAGGAAGACAAGCAAUGGUAACAAUUUAGCUCAGAGAAUUGUUGUUUGAUUGCAACGUUUGUUUACAUCUGCCAGCACCUGGACUUCCAAUCUUCCCAACAAUAGCCUGGGCUUCUUUCUGGCAGAUGCUGGAUAUGAUGUGUGGAUGGGAAAUAGCAGAGGGACUACCUGGUCCAGGAAACACUUAUACCUAAAAACAAAUUCCAGAGAAUUUUGGGCUUUCAGUUUUGAGGAGAUGGCUAAAUACAACCUUACAGCCUCUAUUGGUUUCAUUGUGAAGCAAACUGGACAAGAGGAAAUAUUUUAUGUAAGCCAUUCACAGGGCACUACUAUUGCUUUCAUAACAUUUUCCACAAAGAUAGCUCAAAGAAUCAAAAUAUUUUUUGCUUUAGCACCAGUUUUUUCCAUUCAAUACUCAAAAAAGCCUUUACUUAAAAUGGCACACAAGUGGAAGCCAGUGAUCAAGACUUUUGCUGGCAACAAAGAUUUUUUACCUAAUUCAUCAUUUAAAAGAUUUGUGGGUUCAAAGGUGUGUCCACUAAAAAUUUUUGGUAAUACUUGCCAUGAUAUCUUGUUUAUGAUGUCUUGAUAUAACCGGAAGAACUUAAAUAUGAGUCAGUAUGGUGCUUUCACGGUCAUUUGUGGACAUGCACAAGACAGCCGAAAAUUUGAGUCACCAGUUGUGCAAGAUCUCAGCUGA